UGGUAGCAUUCUGUUGCAUUUGUCGCAAUAAGAGUUGAUUUAAAAGCUUUUAUUGUUUAACUCAAUAUCAGUAAUAACUCAAAUUAAACAAGUACAGUUAUGCUGCAGCUCCUGCUGCUAUUUACUUUACUACUCCCUUACGUCUGCCAUUCUCAAGUGCCGGCAUCUCCUUGCGAGUCGCGUUUCAGCUACGUACACGAGGGCAAUGAAUACUUCGGCCAAAUCAAAUUGGAUCGCUUGGAAAGAGGACGCACCGAGAUUAAAGUGGCAUUCUCACAACGUGACUCAUUAACUUCCAACUACUAUGGCCGUAUUACACCAUAUCCGGAAGGGCCACUGCAAGUGAAUCGAGUGCCGGCCUUAUUUCGGGUUCAUUUUCCGAACCCGAGCAAACCUCCGAAAUUAACAAAGCUCAGCAUCAAUGGAAAUGUACUCUGCUCUAGCUCCCGAUAUUCAGCGCCAAGUAGUUGGUUCGAACUUACGUACACUGUGAAUGCCCACGGUGGAAAUUCAUCUCCACAAACAGUAGUGGAAACACCGACCUACGUAACGGCACCCCCACCUGCACCAACUCGACCGAACCCAACUUACACCACUUGGGCCGAACUACUAAACAACUACACUACGACGGUGCCAAAAAGACCAGCGUCUACGCGUGCACCGAGCACCGCGCCGCCACCAAUGACAUUCUCCAAUAUCUUUCUCACUGAGCGCUUUCAACAAAAUACCACUGUUACCUGCGGCACUGAAGGUAAUGUCGUCCGUCCAUUCCUACAUGGCGGCAAAGAGUUGGUACGCGGUCAAUUUCCUUGGAUGGCAGCGGUUUAUCGCAAGGAGACGGUGCAUAGCCUAUCAUACAUUUGUGGCGGCACAUUAUUGUCGCAACGAAGUGUUGUCUCAGCAGCACAUUGCUUUCAAAACCUGCCCGCCACACAGGUGGCACUUUUCCUCGGUCGCACAAAUUUGGAGAGUUUUAGUGAAGAUGGAUUUAUCACGCGCGAUGUUGAACGUUUGAUAAUACAUCCGGAUUAUAAUAGUCUGCCAGACGCGGAUAUUGCAGUGAUGCGUAUGGCGGCUAUAAGCAGUUACACCGAUUUCAUUCGUCCCAUUUGCCUGUGGACAGAGUCGACACAAGUUUCACGCGUCGUUGGCCUAUCGGGCACUGUAGCUGGUUGGGGCUCCAAUGAGAAUGGCCAGCUCGUCUCACCGAUCGCCAAGAGAGCACAAGUGAAAAUCGUUAGCGAAGUGGAUUGCAUACGCUCCUCGGCGGUUUUCUCCAAGCUAGUAACGAGUCGCACAUUUUGCGCCGGUAAUCGCGAUGGUGUGGGGCCAUGCAUGGGCGACUCGGGCAGCGGUUUGGUACUACAACGCAACAACCGUUGGAUGCUACGCGGCAUAGUGUCCUUUGGGCAGACUAAUCGAGGACAGUGCAACCUGUACGAAUAUGUGGUGUACGUUGAUGUGGCGCAGCAUUUGAAUUGGCUGGAAGAUAAUAUAUAAAUGAUAUGAAGACAGAUAGUUUAAUUAUAACAUUUAUUUAUUUCUUAUUUAAGUUUUAAUUUAAGUAAAUACCCGUUAGAGUAACCUUUAAGGAAACGAGGUGUUCUUAGCAUUAUAAUGCAUUCCAAAGUAAAAUGCAAUAAAUGGAAAAAGUGCCAACGUUUUGA